GGACCUUCGACGUCAUGACGCAUCGUUCCCCAAGCAAACAAUCAGGAAAGAAGCCACGUUGACGACUCCAGACCGGAGAACCGUCCCAAAUCCGGGACAGAAUAACGCGAGAAGCGGUUUGUGGAAACCGUGAGUUGGCGUCGACGCACUUUGGAGCCUUAAACAUGUCGUCCCCACCGAAAGAGAAGAUCGAAACAAAAGGAGGACAUCUCCCUGCAGUGAAAGCAGGCGGCAUGAGAAUAGUGCAGAAGCACCAAGCGGCCGCUAUCCCUGAGCCGCCACCCCAGAAAGAUGAAGAUGAGGAGGAGUAUGUGAGCAGCAGCCCACCUAAAGUUCCUGUGAUUGUGUCUGGAGUAGUUACAAAGGGCGAUAAGGACUUCACCCCGGCUGCUGCCCAGGUGGCGCACCAGAAGCCCCAGCCUUGCAUCCCCAAGCUGCCCCCCUCUCAGCACAUCAACCAGCACAUCCAUCAGCCCCGCAAGUGAGCCAAAAAGCUCACACCGCUGCGGCUAUGAAGCCAGCCUUCCCAAUCGAACACAAUAUAUAUAUAUAUAAAUAUAUAUAUACGUAUAUGUAUAUGUAUAUCUAUAUAUAUAUAUAUGUAUGAAUUCAUAUUCCGCCAGGCACAGAUGUCCUUUUUUUCUGUUGUACUGUUGUAUGAUGUGCAAUUUGUCUGCAACAGAAGCCUAAUAAUAGCAGUAUGGCCGUUUUAUAAACCCCUCGUUACACCUGCCCUGCAUCGGUGCUGCACUAAUAAUUGUGCACUUUUGUCUCCUAUUUUUUUGUGAGUCUUAAGUGCUAUUGUUGGCUGUCGUUCUAUGCUAACAUGUAAGAUUGUUUCAUAAUUGAUCACAUAAAAGAGGCCACUAAUUUACAAUCAUCUUCUUUAAGACUAUCAACAAACAUUCCAUCCAAGUAGCCCACACAACUACAAAGUACUUAAUCAUGUAAUUAUUUGCACAUUUACUCAAACGUAGUAUCCAGCAUGAUAUAAGGUGUUGAAGGUUAUAAAUAUACUGUAAGAUAAGAUAUCCUAAUGCAGGAAAUAACUAUGUUUACCUUUUGCAUUCUACUCAUAACAAUAUGAUAUGCACACUCACUCACCCUGCUUUUAACAACAACACAAAUCUUAAUAAUCCAGCAGUGCCUCUUAACACCUACCACCAUCACAUAUUUUUCCACUGUUCAUAUUUUCAGCAGCUAAUAAGCCAAAUCCCUCUGGAGAAUAUAUUUGAAAAAGCAACAGACAGUGUGUUUUUUCCUUCAUACAAGUUUAACAUAGCAGGGUGUACGUUUAAUAACAAGCCAAAAGAAAGCCCUAUCGCCAAAAAACAGCAGAAAUUAAAAGGAGAUAUCAUUAUUAAUAUUGUAAUCCUACACAUAUCAAUACACACGCCUUGCACUCAUUAGUUGCAACACUAAUAUUCAGGAAAAGACAUUCACUUUGCCAAGAAUUAGGUAUUAUGUUCAUUCAAAAGAGUUUUAUCUUUACUCUCUCUUCUAUUUUUUUGUUGAGUUAAAUGUUCAAUCGUUUCAACUGGAGUUUGCUAUUGGGUGUGGUUGUCAUAGUAAAUAAAGAUAUUGGUUAUCUUUAA